AUGCUUUGCUUCACCAGUGUCUCUUUACCAUUACUACGACCUACAGACUUCUUCUUCGUACUCCGAGAAUCUAUCCAGGUCCAUUCUUCGCCAAGUUCACAUUUGGAUAGAUUGACUAUUACUGUGUGGAAAUUCCUUCGUCUCAGUACUACUUUGAUCAUGGAAAUAUGGUGUGUACAUUCUGCCAUGCAUUCAUACAAAAAGGAAGCACUUCGAAGACAGUCAAAUACGCCUAAGACUACUACUCUUGGCUCUAUACUCUCAGAUAAUUCGUUGAGAGAUUUCCAGCUAAUGUUGAAGAACGAGGUUGAAGUCGUUUUCAGGUCCAUUAAGGAGAAGUGUGACGAACGAAUAGGGGGAAAGGAAAAUAGAUCUUUAACCUCUGAACUCCCUCCCCAACCCCUUUCCGCCGUCUCAGCCAAACGACUGGCAUCGCAUUUCAAUUUCUAUCUAAGAUACGAUCAACAAAUUAAUGACGCUACCCGAGAUCUAAAGCACGUGUUCCAUUCUCUAGCAGGAGAGAAAGAAACUGGUUCUGAUACUGACAGAUUCGACAAAGAGGGUAUGUAA